AGGAGUUUUGUCGGCCGAAGCUGCCCAAUGUUUGAGCUUCUUCUUCUUAGGGAAGAUGGACUGAAAGCUGCUGGCUGGGGACAUUUUUUGGUCAAGGAACCUCUGCGUUUUAAAGGAGGCGAUGGGGCUUGCGCUGGCUUGUCUUCCUGCCCAAGUGAAGAGUUGUUGAUGUUCACUGGUUAUGCUUAGACAAUGCGCAGUCUGUUUUAAUUUAAAAAUUUUGGGGGGAUAGGGGUAUAGGCUUGUGAAGAGCAUUCCGAACCUGGAGGAGCUCCUCAUUGUCCCCGAUAGAGACGCCCCACCCCAAGCCUGUCCUCGAUGCCGUCAGCCUUGGCCAUCUUCACUUGCCGCCCGAACUCGCACCCGUUUCAGGAGCGUCAUGUCUACCUGGACGAGCCCAUCAAGAUCGGCCGCUCGGUGGCACGCUGUCGACCAGCGCAGAAUAAUGCCACCUUUGAUUGCAAAGUGCUGUCAAGGAACCAUGCUCUCGUCUGGUUCGAUCACAAGACGAGCAAGUUUUAUCUCCAAGACACUAAAAGUAGUAAUGGCACCUUUAUAAAUAGCCAGAGAUUGAGUCGAGGCUCUGAAGAAAGUCCACCAUGUGAAAUUCUUUCUGGUGACAUUAUCCAGUUUGGGGUAGAUGUAACAGAGAAUACACGGAAAGUUACCCAUGGGUGUAUUGUUUCCACAAUAAAACUUUUUCUACCAGAUGGUAUGGAAGCCCGGCUCCGCUCAGAUGUCAUCCAUGCUCCAUUACCAAGUCCUGUUGACAAAGUUGCUGCUAACACUCCAAGUAUGUACUCUCAGGAACUUUUCCAACUUUCUCAGUAUCUACAGGAGGCCUUACAUCGGGAACAGAUGUUGGAACAGAAGUUAGCUACACUUCAGCGGUUAUUAGCCAUCACCCAAGAGGCUUCAGAUACCAGUUGGCAGGCUUUAAUAGAUGAAGAUAGACUCUUGUCACGGUUAGAAGUUAUGGGAAACCAAUUACAGGCAUGCUCCAAAAAUCAGACAGAAGAUAGUUUACGGAAAGAGCUCAUAGCUUUGCAAGAAGAUAAACACAACUAUGAAACAACAGCCAAAGAGUCCCUGAGGCGGCUUCUCCAGGAGAAAAUUGAAGUGGUUAGAAAGCUUUCAGAAGUUGAGAGAAGUCUGAGUAAUACUGAAGAUGAAUGUACCCACCUGAAAGAAAUGAAUGAACGGACUCAGGAAGAACUAAGAGAAUUAGCCAAUAAAUAUAAUGGAGCGGUUAAUGAAAUUAAAGAUUUAUCUGAUAAACUAAAGGUAGCAGAGGGAAAACAAGAGGAAAUCCAGCAGAAGGGACAGGCUGAGAAGAAAGAAUUACAAAAUAAAAUAGAUGAGAUGGAAGAAAAAGAACAGGAGCUCCAGGCAAAAAUAGAAGCUUUGCAGGCUGACAAUGACUUCACCAAUGAAAGGCUAACAGCUUUACAAGUACGGUUAGAACACUUCCAGGAGAAAACUCUUAAAGAAUGCAGCAGCUUAGGGAUACAAGUUGAUGACUUCUUACCUAAAAUAAAUGGGAGCACAGAUAAAGAGCACUUGCUUUCAAAGAGUGGCGGGGACUGCACUUUUAUUCAUCAAUUCAUAGAAUGCCAGAAGAAGCUGAUUGUCCAGGGGCAUCUAACCAAAGUGACAGAAGAAUCAAAGCUUUCAAAAGAAAACCAGGCAAGAGCAAAGGAAUCUGACUUAUCAGAUACUCUGAGUCCAAGCAAGGAAAAAAGCAGCGACGACACUACAGACGCCCAGAUGGAUGAGCAAGACUUAAACGAGCCCCUUGCUAAAGUGUCUCUUUUAAAAGAUGACUUGCAGGGUGCACAGUCAGAAACUGAGGCCAGACAAGAAAUUCAGCAUCUUCGAAAAGAAUUGAUUGAAGCCCAGGAGCUAGCUAGAGCAAGUAAACAAAAAUGCUUUGAACUUCAAGCACUUUUGGAAGAAGAACGUAAAGCCUAUCGAAAUCAAGUUGAGGAAUCUGCUAAACAAAUUCAGGUUCUUCAAGUCCAGCUGCAGAGGUUACACGUGGAUAUGGAGAAUCUCCAAGAGGAAAAGGACACUGAAAUCUCCAGCACAAGAGACAAAUUGCUUAAUGCCCAAGAUGAGAUUUUGGUCCUUCAUCAAGCAGCAGCAAAGGCUGCUUCAGAGCGGGACACUGACUUUGCUUCUUUGCAAGAAGAGCUUAAAAAGGUGAGGGCGGAGCUUGAGAACUGGAAGAGAGCAGCAUCUGAAUAUGAGAAAGAAAUCUCUGGUUUACAGAGCAGUUUCCAGCUUAGAUGUCAGCAGUGUGAAGACCAGCAGAGAGAGGAGGCAACAAGGUUACAAGGUGAACUAGAGAAGUUGAAAAAGGAAUGGAAUCUAUUGGAAACUGAAUGCCAUUCUCUAAAAAAGGAAAAUGUUUUGUUGUCAUCAGAACUGCAGCGGCAAGAAAAAGAAUUACACAAUUCUCAGAAGCAGAGUUUGGAGCUCACUAGUGACCUCAGCAUCCUCCAGAUGACCAGGAAAGAGCUCGAGAACCAAGUGGGAUCCUUGAAAGAGCAACACCUUCGAGACUCAGCUGACCUAAAAACUCUUCUCAGUAAGGCUGAAAACCAAGCAAAGGAUGUUCAGAAAGAGUAUGAAAAGACACAGACUGUACUCUCAGAAUUGAAGUUGAAGUUUGAAAUGACUGAACAGGAAAAGCAAUCAAUCACAGAUGAGCUCAAACAGUGUAAAGACAACCUGAAGCUGCUGCGAGAGAAAGGAAAUAAUCCCUCCAUAUUACAACCUGUCCCAGCCGUAUUCAUCGGCCUAUUCCUGGCUUUCCUGUUUUGGUGUUUCGGUCCAUUGUGGUAGAGAAAGAAACCCUGGCCCUGGAUGCCCAUGUUGGCGGCCCUGGUUGCGGUGACAGCCAUCGUGCUGUAUGUGCCAGGUCUGGCCAGAGCUUCUCCAUGACAGUGUGUCUUGAGUCUGUACACCGUCCUCCCUCUAGAAGCUGCCUCUCACUCAUGCUGGAGACAAAGCAGAACCAUUUUUUUCUUUUUUUACCUCUUAAAACAGCAAAGUGCAAGAAUACAGCUGUAGGGUCAUUGCUUUAACUUAUAUAAAAAUAUAUCUGUCUAUAGAGAGGAUAUAAAGUUGUGAAUUUAUUUGGAUUUUCAUGUAAUUUUUAAAUUAGUAUGUUGAGAUUCUGAAUAUUAUGGUGGCCUAAAGUAGGCUUCUUAGUGCACCAAAUUAUUUAUACCAUAAAUUUAUAGAUAUUUUACUCUGAAUUCUGAUGGCCACAUAAUUCAUUUUUCUGAUUCGAUAACUACUCAAACCGAACAACCAAUAUAUAGAUGGGAAGAGAGGCCCUGUGUGCUCAGUGCCUAUCAGUUUGAAUAUAUACAUACACAUACAUACAUAUAUAUAUUUUUUACAUAUUUACUCCAUUUUUACUUGUUUAAAAAACCACUGAGCUAUUGGGAACAAGACCUAUACAAUUAUUUGUGUGGAUUUUUUUUUUAAAAGCAAAAACACAUUUGGAAAAUAUUCUGUUAUGAUGAUAAUUUGAAGAAUACAUAAAAUGUUUGUUCAGCCUUAAUAUGACUUGAAGAUGUAAAGGACAUCAGCUUUGAAAAACUUUCCAUGAGAGUUUGUAUUUUCUUGAGCAAACUGAAAUAUUUCUGGGAGCAAAAACAUAAUUGCAUAAUUUCAGUGCAAUCAACCAAACUUUUAAGUGAAUUGGAAUGUAACUUACUAAAUCUCAUGUAUUUAAGAAAUGUUUUCUUUAAAAGCCAAGUUACCUUCUCAUAUACAGCAGUUUAGAAAGCAUGAUUUUUUUUUUUCUGUCAUCUGUUCCUCCAAGCAUGUUUAAUUGAAGGAAGAAUUAUAUCUGUUUAGAUAAGCUUUUAUUGACUUAAUUUGGUUAUGAUGUGGAGCUAAUUCACAUUCAGGGUGAACUGAUGUUACCUACCAAGAUUUCUUCCUUGGGUAUACAAAUGGUUUUUUUUUUUUUUUUUCUUCCUUUCUUUUUUUUCCUUUGCUUUUCUUUCUUUUUUUCUUUCUUUUCUUCCCCCCCCCCCUCUUUUUAUUGUUAAUCCGGACAUAAUUAGCACUAUUCCCAAGAUUGGUAGUGUUCCAAACACAAUGACACACCUAAGCACUGCUUGACAUUAUACAUUUAAAACACGGGGGUUAACGUUUAGCUAUGGUUUUGUGCAGUACUAUAGUGAUGUUAGUAUUCUAAAGCAUUACAUAAUUCAGUUUUCUUCAGUUCGUGAAGACUGGGAGGGAACAUUGGUGAAUUGGCUUGAAUGUUCUAUGAGAAUACCCUGAUCUAGCCAGAUACUGAGAAUAGGAGUUUAGGAUAUAAUUUGCCUUGUGAUAUUUGGCAGUCAUUGUUUUUACUUUAAAAGUUGUAUUUAAAGCUAUUUGGGAUUGUUGCCAGGAGAAUCACUAGAUUUAUGGAGGGAUUAGCCACAAAUGACUUGUAGAAAAUAUUGUCAUAUAGUUCAUUUUAUCAUUCUCUGUUGCAGGAAGCCACUCUACCACAGAAUGCUAAUAUGCCAGUGGUACUCAGUACCUCUUGUAUAUAGUUAUUGCAAAUACUGUUCUGAAAUGCUUAACUUCAAAAUUACCUUUUUUAAAGUAAAUAAUUGUUUGAAAUCUAUUUUGUAAAGAUAAAACGUACAAUAGAAUUUCUGGAGUACAGAUUAAACUAUUUGCACUAACACACAUGAUGUGCAUGAUUUAAUAAAAUAACUUUAAUCUCCCUA